AUGGGUUAUAUAAGUGGAAAAAUCAAUAAACCUUACGUUGUUCAUGCUAUUCGUAUUUGUUUAACAUAUGAACGAUGGAAUGACGAACUGAAUGAAAUAAGACGUUUAAGUAAAUUAAAUGAUUAUCCCCGAACAUAUGUAGAUAUACUAAUUAGUAAAUUGAUAAAUAAACAUCUGAUAGAAGUUGACACUAAAACAAUGACAGCUAAAGCAGAUAACUUACUUAAAAAACGAUUGAUAGUUGAUAUGCCAUAUAUUCAACAAUCAUCUAGAAUUUUAAGUCAAAAACUACAAAGAUUUACUAAAACUGUAAAACCAAACGUCGAUUUAAAGAUUAAUUUACGACCAUCAAAGUCUGUUGGUGCUCUUUUUCGUAAUAAAGACGCAAUACCAAAACUUUUACAAUCAGACCUCGUUAUUUAA